CCUGCCUUGCUGAGGGAGGGGACGGCGCUGACGGCUGGUAGGACGAAAGGAGAGACAAGAAAGCGUUUGGGAAGCGAUAAAAGAGUGGGGAACGGCCCGGGUUUCCACCGUCCGUCGGGAUAUAAACACCCCAAUUUUCUGUAGCUGCUGGAUUUGCCAUCCAAUCGGCGCCGAAAAUGUCGACCAGUCGUCAGCUUAGCGAGAGCAGGGCCAUCCCGACCAGGACGGUGUUGAUCAACGACACAACGCAGCUACCUCAUGACUACUGUACCACCCCUGGAGGCACUUUAUUCUCUACCACUCCUGGAGGAACCCGGAUCAUCUAUGAUCGUAAGUUUCUGCUGGACAGGCGUAAUUCUCCCAUUGCCCAAACUCCUCCAGCACACCUGCCUGUCAUCCCAGGAGUGACCAGCCAAAAUAUCCUGAGUGAAAACCAGAAGAAUGAAGCCAACAACCACACCAACAACCAUGUUGGCAAGCCCACAACAGGUGACGAUGCUCAGUUUGAAAUGGACAUCUAAAAGACUGGAACCACACCAGCAUAAGGAAAUGACCUGGCAUUCUUCAUGCCAGUGGCUUCGCUUUUAGAAAUCAAUGUUGUGAGCCCUAAUGGCAGCCAUCUACUUUAGCUCUUUGUCUCACUGCUGGAUGUAAUGUGUGUAAAACAUGGGAAUUCACUAUAUCAUGCAUAUGCAUACAGAGAGGCCAACUCUGGAAAUUAGGUUGAUUUGAGUAAAUUUCCAUGGCUACAAGUCACAGUAUAAAUCAACAGUUAUGCAGAGUAUCCCUGAUUAUUUUUUACCCAAACAAAACGUCCAGUUAGUCAUUUGCAGUGUUCAUCUUGCAGCUAUCCAUGAGUCAGGAUUUCUAACAGAGCACACCAAACAAAACAGAAUAUUUUAACUUAAUUGGGAGAGGAUGUGAACAUUUUUAGCACUGGCCUUAGAAGCAUUCAAAAGCUUUGAUAUUCACCACAGUUUUCGGUUUUGAAGACCCCUGUAAGCUUGUUAUUUAAGCAGUUUUUGUUUUUCCAGUUUGUUUUCUUUUUUAUUUUUGGAACUACUUGAAAAAACGCCUCAAUCUUUUAUCAGUUGAACUAUUUAGUUUCCAGUGAUGGUAUGUCAAAGGGAUGUUGGGUUGUUAUGUUUUCCAAAUUAGACAAAGAUUUCAUGCCAUUCCAAGAUUUUCAUUUCCACAACCAACACAAGCCUACGUGACUUUCCAAUUUUAAGGAGAAAAUGUUUUUUAAACUGAAUUUUAACCAACAAUUGAACAAUUUUUUUAAAUUAUGAUAUGAUUGUAUAGAAAAGAAAUCAUAAGUGUAUCUAGUGGCGUUAAGCUUUUUGUUUAAAAUUCAUUUCAUUAGGGCUAUAAUGAAAUAAAGCCACGCAAGAAACAUCUCUACACGUCGGUUAAAGUUAUGCUGGCAGGAGCUUUGUGUUCAAGUUUUGAUUCAUCUGAGGGGGUUAUCCUUGGCACAAUCUGCCAGGAUUUUUUUAAUAAUCCAGAUCAGAGAAACAUUUAGGACAACAUGGACAUGGUUAAUAUGCCGAUACUCAUUUUUGGAUGAGAUACAGGAACAAUAAAAAAACAAAGCAAAACUUGAAGUAAUCCAGAUGUUUUAUAUGCAUUUUUAUUUUUAAUACAGUUUCUAAGUAUUGAGGGUAUUUGUUUGGGUGUAAGCUCUGUCAAGCCUUCGGAUUUGUUAGAUCUGCCAAGGAAACAGAAAAACAUCAUUUGCAUCAGGCUUGAAAGACAUUGUAGCAGAAUAUUCAGAUCUGCUCCCAGAGUCCUUAAUCGGUUUGACAUUACCUUAUGCUUUUCAUGCGUCACGCCCGCUCAUGCCUUACAUCGCAUGAAAUGCAGGAACUAAACUAGUUUCCUUGUCAUCAGUUUGUACUUUCCAACAGAUGUUUAUUUUUUCACAGUAACAUUGAACAGAUAACAUUGUACUUGGCAACAGAGCAAAACAUUUUAUUUUCUAGACAUACUUCUUUCUUCAAAACAGUUGUGAAGUAAGGAAAUGCGAUGGCUUACAUGACUUUAUGGGAUUCUGAUGGCAAUGUGGUACAAGUGCCACUCCCAUUUUAUCCUAGUAAUCAGUUUGUUUUAUACCACCUGGUCAUGCCAUCUAAUUGUCCAAAUAGCAACUCUAUAAUUUGUAAGUGAACCACCAUGUAAAUCCAGUUAUUUAGUCAUGUUUUGUUUUCUCCAUGUGACUGGGACUUUUCUGUUUUUUUCUUUUUUUUCUUUUUUUUUGGAUUUGCAAUAAAGCAGAGUUGUGUGACAAAUUCAUCAGUAGGUUGCUUGAACCCUGUUUGCAUUGCACAUUUUUGGUGACAUAAAUUUUAAUGUUACGUCAACAUAAUUCAGUUUCGCAGACGUAUUUAAAAUCUUUUUGGUUUGACAGUGAGGGCCUAACAUUUUGUGUUGACAGAAAAUUGAAACAAACUUUCUGUAACAUUUGUUCUGAUUUCAAAAAACUUUAUUUCAAAUGAAAAUCAAAUGCCAGUGAACACUGUUGCUGCAAAUCAAUAAAAUUCUGUAACAGAAAA